AGGUAGACUGCAUGAAAGCGAAAGGAAUAUGCCCACACUGCCUUGUUACAGAUUUCACUAGCCCCUGCCGAAGUCUGGCCCCAGAGCGCUUUGAGAGAGGCUGCAGGAGAGACACAGCUGCUCCGUUGGCAGCUCCUCGGGCCACAAAAUGGCUGCACAGCAAUACCCAAACAACAUGGCUGCUCUUUCAAAAGAGGUAGAGGACAUGAGAUGUCCCUUGCAGGUCCCAGUGAAAAUGGAAAUUCCCUGCCAAGCAGAUGACAGUGCAAAAGGGGGAGAGGGAAAAGGCCUUGCCACCAUUCCAUCUGAAACCAGUGAAGAUUUCACAAGAGCGGCAUCCAGGGUGAAGCAGGAGCUGGCAGAAGAGCAACCGCAAAGUUGGGAAUGCCAGUGGCAAAGAGUGCUAGAGGUGGUGCCUGCUCCCUUCACCACUCCAGUCUGGGACAGCCUGCAGCUGCCUCCUUUGAUUCAAGGGGGCAGCACUGAGGCCUAUCUGGCCACCUUUGAGCGUGUGGCGGAUGCUUCCCAAUGGCCACGGGAAGAGUGGGUGACUCGUCUUGUGCCAGUCCUUAGCGGACAAGCUCAGCAGGCCUAUUUCAGCCUGGAUGCAAAAGACAAAGCUGAUUAUGGGAAGGUGAAGGUGGCCAUUCUGAGGCUGGAUGACUACCUCGCCAUUGAGGCGCACCGCCAGCGUUUCAGGCAUUUCUGCUACCUGGCUGCCGAUGGGCCUCGGAUAGCAUGUCAGCAACUGCAGGAGCUCUGUCACCGCUGGCUGAAGCCCGAAGGCCAGAGCAAGGAGCAAAUCCUGGAUCUGCUUAUCUUGGAGCAGUUCCUUGUCAUCCUUCCACAGGAAAUGCAGGACUGGAUUAGGGAGCGCGGUCCGGAGACGUGCAAUCGAGCGGUGGCCUUGGCAGAGGAGUACCUGCAGGAGCAGCAGGAGACGGAGAAGUGGGCCCAACAGGUAACUGUACCAAUUGAGAUGGUGAUAGUUAAUUCUCCCACUGUAGAUCAGGCCCAGUCAGAAGCAAAACAUCUCCACAAAGAAAACAAACAGGUUGACAGUGAAAAUAGUAUUUCUCAAGAAGACAAUUUUGCCAGAAUGGGGGCAAAGGAUAUGCACCAAGGAGAGUUGGAGGCAGAGGAACGAGGAUGGAGGUCUCCAGAAUUUGGAGAGGUCCUUUUCCCAAAAGGCAGCCCCAGAAGAUCUCACGUGAGCAAGUGUGAUUCAGAAAGACCUCAGAAAGGCAGCCUUUCCACAAGGAUGAUGAAGGAUGAAGUGUUUGGGGGAGUCCCGACCGACCUCGAAAUGAAACGACAUCUGUGUAAGGAGUGUGGGAAAAGGUUUCGGAAGAAGUGGGAUCUCAUCAGGCACGAAAGGAUCCACACGGGAGAGAAGCCUCACCAGUGCACGUACUGCGGAAAGAGGUUCACACGCCGUUCACAUGUUGUGAAUCACCAGAGACGCCACUCGUGCCAAGGAAGAUCUUGACAAAAGGAUCUACUGCUUCCAGUUUGUGCAACAGAUUGAGAAGUCCUGUACGACGGGGGAAUAAAGGUAGUUUGGUUUGUGUCCUGCAGGGCUUGGAAUCCAGACCAGGUGUGGGAGUGGUGUGGAAUAAUGUCUAUUUGCUCUUUGUCCACAUCUUGAAUUUGAACAAAAUGUGUCUAAGGACACACACAGCUCUCAGGGGAAUCAACUCUGUUGAGAGUGCAAAGGAAAAUCUGUACAUAUUUAUGCCAUUCAGUGAAGAUAGACUUCAUCCAAGUCAAAACUAUUCAUCCACAUUUUACUUGAUCCAGAAUGGGAGUGAGGAGAUUGAGUUCCUGUUUAUUUAUUUUGAAUUUUUGGACCGCUUGCUGGCUAGAAGUGAGUAUUUCAUCACGUCACUGAUUCAAUCCUUAGUGUAGAUAAGUGAAUACUCCUGGGAAAAUAGCUAAUUUUGAUCAGUAUUUUUGUAUCAGCUAAAGCCUUGUGAAAUCAGAAAAAUCCUUUUCCCUGCUUUGCUGUACCAAUGCCCAAAACAAAUGAGGCUCAUUCAGGAAGUAAGAUUUAAAGGCAAAACAUCUUCUAGUAAUGGAGCAGGCUGGCAAAAUGAUACUUGCCAACUAUUUUGGGAGGCAGUCCACAGAUUUAACCCAUGAAGAUGGAACUCACUGGAAAAGCGAUACUAACCAUUAACUCAGAAUAAAAGAAAUUCCAUGUUUUAAAGCUAGAGGCAAGACUGAUUGAUUGAUCAAGAAGCACUGACCUAGUAUGCUCUUAAAUGCAAAUUUAUAUCCAGAAUGUGUUCCCAUCAUGGAGACUUCAGUCCUUUUGCACCUCAGGUUGCUUAGAUGUAGGUAUAUGUUUGGCAGUGCAAUUUGGGGAGGGAAGGCCAGAUAGGAAAACAGAAAGCAAAGUGGCCUCAUUGUAUGUUGUGCUUGCUGUGAUGGAUUUUUAUAUUGCUCUCUGGCAAGUUCUUAGCGGUAAUCAUACUUUUACUGCAAGGUUAGAAAACUGGCCUUCCAGUGGCUGCUGAAGACAGCUCUCAGCCUUCCUCACAACUGGCCGUGCUGGAAUAAUGUGAAGUGAAACUGACUUGGCUAUUUAACGAUUCAUUUUUUAUUCUGUACAGUAGAAAACCAGUGCAACAUUUGUUUACAUAAUAAGUUGUUUUCCCUUUUUACAAACAGUCUAAAAACUGCUUAGAGAUACUUGAUUACAGAAUUCAUAAAUUAAUUUUCACAAAGACAAACAUCUGUUCUAAUAUAUUGUCAAAUCAUUUUGGCUUUUCAGGCUCUUAAAAUCCUAUUCUAACUAAGUGCAUAUAUUUCACAUCAGAGGAAAAAAAUUGACUUUUCUUCAAAGCUGGAUCCUUUUUAAAAACAGUACACCACAGAUAAAAUCUGGAAUAACUUCAAAUCUUAUGGCCAUUAUGUGGGGAAUAUUUAUUUUCUAGGAAUAGUCUUUUAUAUAUUCUUCAUUUUCUAUGGCUGCCUUUUUAGCAUAUAUGAGAUAACUGCUAUCUUUAUGAUACAAACUUUCAAGUUUAUUUUGUACACUAUCAUAAUCAACAAAGACAUGUCAGUUAACUUCAUUAAAAACAUAAUUCUACCUUGAUGGUUCAACUGAUGGACUUUUAAUUCAUUAAUUUAGAGGUUUUAGGCAAGCUACUAUGCAUUCAGUCUUCUCAUCUGCAAUAUUUGGUUAAUGCCAAGCUAAAAAGAAAGUUGUAAGAAUUACUGAAAGUGUUUGUUAAAUGCUUUGCAUAAAUGAGAAAAAGACCAUAUACAAUC